AUGGUUUUUCCUACGCAAACUGAAAAAACCAAACCCAUAGAGCGACCACCAAAUCAUCAAGAACAGUUUGAUGAAUAUGAAAACAUAAUUCGAAAUACCGGUUGUUAUCAAGAAAACCAAGAAUUGCAAUUAUGUUUUACGGAUAAGCAUGAUUGGAGAAAGAGAUCAAAAGAACAAAUUCAACGUCCUAACCAUAAAUUGCCACCUGAGCUUAUCUCAGAAAUUUUCGAAUAUCUUUGGGGUGGUAUUCUGGACGAGUCACCUUAUGAAUAUGAAAUACCAAACGCAAUAGACGACCAUUUCUCGCAGGAGAGGUCGGACCUUUUCAGAGUGUCAAUGGUAUGUUCAGUUUGGCGACAAAUAGCUAUACCCAGAAUCUGGCAAAAGGUAAAAUUUCAACUUGAUUCCGAAAGGGAUUGGAAAUCUUUGUUCCAGUGGCUUAUGGAAGGGGGUUAUGGCAGAUAUGUCAGGCAGAUUCAUGUCGAAUACGAUUAUGACCCUAAACAUAAUGAAACUGCUAUUUCAUUAAGCGAAAAAUUUGAGGGUAUUGUAGAAUUUGCUGAGACCGUUCCUAACAUGCAUACUUUUGCUGUGAGAUUUAAUUCUACUACUUCUGAUCAUAUCGCGGAAGACCUUCCACCAGUCAUGGAUAGUUUCUUUCAUGAGAUAUCAGCAUCAUGUCGAUCUGUUCGACGUGUCAAAAUUCAUACAUCUGGCUUGCGUGGGCCAAAUAAAGAUGAUACCUUAAACCUUCCAUCAGUUAGUAAUCUCAUAUCCAUGGUGACUAAUACCGUGCGAGAAGUUGAUUUAAUGAUGCAUAUUGCAACUCGAGAAACAAUUGAAGCGCUUUGUAAUUGCAGAGGAGUUGAUCGUGCGUUAGUCCAUUGUUGCAGCUGGGGCGAUACUCCUGGCGAUUAUUAUACAUUGUUAAUGUCUUGGAAACAUCUAAAAAAUCUGCAGAUCGAACCUCCACAUAACAUAGAUUUAAAUUGGGAAGAAACAUAUACAAAAUCACUUCAAUAUCUCUCUGAAAAUUGUGGUGAUCAACUAGAGGAAUUAUGGAUGCCCUUACGAGAAGAAGACCAAAAAUUAUUUUGUAAUCUUGUCGAACAUACACCAAAUUUGAAAGUGCUAGCUUUAGAAGGGAAAGAUUUCGAAAAGGAUGGACAAUUCUUAAAUGUGGUAGCUAGAACUACACCAAAUCUUAAUUACAUUCAUUUAUCAUACUUUCCUGCUAUCACAGGCAAGGAUGUGAAAGUUGUCAAUUGGGAUCAACUUAUUGAUGUUAACAUAAUGGGUUGUGAAUUAUUGGAAAAAGAAACAAGAUUUUUUGAUCGUGUAAAAGAAGAAUGUUGUCCACAACUUAAUAUUCAUAUAUAUGAUCUUGAAGGGAAUGUGUACAAAUGCUGCAGCCCAGUGUUGGCUCUACACUGA